AUGACUGUAGAGCGUGAACGAAUACAACUUUAUUUCGUUCAUACGAAAAUAUAUGCAGUCGGUGACCUGCGUAGCAGUGAGGUAGCCUCUAAGAGGACGACGACGCCAGAGUUCCACGACGCCAGAGUUCCACGACGCCAGAGUUCCACGACGCCAGAGUUCCACGACGCCAGAGUUCCACGACGCAUAGAGUUCCACGACGCCAGAGUUCCACGACGCCAGAGUUCCACGACGCCAGAGUUCCACGACGCCAGAGCUCCACGACGCCAGAGCUCCUCGACGCCAGAGGUCAACAAUCGCUCCUCGACGCCAGAGGUCCACGACGCCAGAGCUGACCACACGCCAGAGCUCCACGACGCCAGAGCUCCACGACGCCAGAGCUCCACGACGCCAGAGUUCCACGACGCCAGAGCUCCACGACGCCAGAGCUCCACGACGCCAGAGCUCCACGACGCCAGAGUUCCACGACGCCAGAGCUCCACGACGCCAGAGCUCCACGACGCCAUAGUUCCACGACGCCAGAGCUCCACGACGCCAGAGCUCCACGACGCCAGAGCUCCACGACGCCAGAGCUCCACGACGCCAGAGUUCCACGACGCCAGAGCUCCACGACGCCAGAGUUCCACGACGCCAGAGCUCCACGACGCCAGAGCUCCACGACGCCAGAGUUCCACGACGCCAGAGCUCCACGACGCCAGAGUUCCACGACGCCAGAGUUCCACGACGCCAGAGCUCCACGACGCCAGAGUUCCACGACGCCAGAGUUCCACGACGCCAGAGCUCCACGACGCCAGAGCUCCACGACGCCAGAGCUCCACGACGCCAGAGCUCCACGACGCCAGAGCUCCACGACGCCAGAGCUCCACGACAAUGGACACGUCAAGUCGCUGUAAAUAUGCUGUAAACAAAACAUAA